AUGCCUGCCUCGCGACACUUACCCGCAAAGGUCAAUCCUUUGAUGACCUCGGAAAUUCCAGCUUAUGAAACCUUGGUCGCCCGAAGAAGAUUGGGGCAGACAGAUCUUGCUGUGAAGACUGGUCAGCUCAACAAAUCGAACUCCACCCAGCCCAAGAACUUGGGAACUUUCGAUUAUGCACACUUACGUGCUCCGCUGCCCAAAGGCAUCCACAGCGGCAUUUUCAAGCCUUCGCCCGCCUCGUAUUUCUUGAUGCGCCGUAGCAACGAUGGCUUCAUCAGCGCGACCGGGAUGUUCAAGGCUACCUUUCCCUACUCGGAGACUGCAGAAGAGGAGAUGGAACGCCGGUAUAUCAAGAGCCUGCCAACAACCUCUGUAGAUGAGACCGCAGGGAAUGUUUGGAUCCCACCCCAUCAUGCGCUUGAGCUUGCAGAGGAAUACCAGAUCUUGCCUUGGAUCAAAGCUCUGCUUGACAAUGCGCCAAUUGAAGUUAACCCGACUAAAGACCAAACCCCCAAAUCAAUUGCGCCCCCUCCAAAGUUUGACUUUGGAGAUGUCGCUCCAAUUCCCGCACCAAAGCUACAAUUAGAUGAGGCCCCUCAAAUCUCUCCUCCUGAGGCGCUAGCUGCUCCAACUACUAAGAGUGGCCGUCCUCGUCGAUCCGCAUCACCCAGCAAGUAUGCUACUUCAUCUCCGCGCAAGAUCGCAAGGGCACGCAAACCAAGUGCUAGACUAGCAAGUUUGGAACCUGUUGCAGCUGCUACCAAUAAUGUACUUGAACAAGUCCUGGAAAACGGAGUAGUUGAGGCCGAGGGGAAAGGAGAUUCUACAGACUCCACAGCUUCCCAAGCAGUUCAGGAGCAAGUCGAGGAGCAGGCUAAGGAAGUUCAGGAAGUUGAGGAAAUUAAGGCGCAAGUUGAGGAACCAAUCACGGAGGAAUCAAGCGAAGAAAUCACGGAACCAAAGGUCAGAGUCAAGGUUGAUACCGAUGUUGAAGUUAAUGGCGACAUCGAGACCACUCACACUCAUGUUCAGGUUGAGAUGCCAGCUGGUACUCCAGACCUUCCUCUCCCAGAGGACACGGAGGCUAUGAUUGCUAAGGCGAAAGAAAUGGUAGAGGCUGCUGUCAAGCAAGACGCCGGAAUUCCAACUCGCUCGAAGAGAAAGGCGGAAGAGUAUGAGGAUGAUGACGAAGAGGAAGAAGCUUCGGAUGUGGGCCCAGCCAAGAAGGUUAAGGUAGCGGCCGACUUGAAGAAGGAGAGAGUUAAGACCCGGGCUUUGAUUGGUCUGAGUGCAACUUUGGCAAUUGGUGCAAUGAUUCCAUAUGUAUUUGGCGCAUUUUAA